CCAUUGCUCAAUAUUUUGCUGCUACAAAAACCACACAUUAAAUAAUGGGCAACAAUACCAUAUCCUCUUAUAUUUAUUCUGUUAUUCUCCUAACAAUCAGCAUGGCAGCCUGUGUAAGCACAUUUGCAGUCCCAUCAUCUGCAAAAUCAUCAUCAUCGUCGUCGUUUUCAUUUUCAGCAGAGGCGGAAGCUCUGCUGAAUAGUGGUUGGUGGGGAGACGUUUCUUUAACGAACUCUUCUUUGACAAAUCAUUGCUACUUGAAAGGCAUCACUUGUAAUACAGCAGGAAGUGUUGUUCGGAUGGAAGUUCGUUUCUUUUAUUCAUCCGGAAGGCUUUCAAACAUGAAUUGGUCUUCCUUGCCAAAUCUUGAAUAUCUUGAUCUCAGUGACUCUCGCUUAAUUGGGGGAAUUCCGGGUGAAAUUGGUACUCUCUCCAAGCUCACUCACCUUGACCUUUCUUCUCCUUUCAACAAUGAUCCGCUAAGUAAUUUCGCUAGCUUGGAGGGGGGAAUUCCGGGUGAAAUUGGUACUCUGUCCAAGCUCACCCACCUUGACCUUUCUUCCAACUAUGAUCUUAAAGGUUUUCUGCCUCAUACCUUGGUAAAUCUCACCCAAUUAGUCCACCUCGACGUAUCGAACACUGAUAUCAGAGGUCCAAUCCCCUCAACUAUUGGUAAUUUGAGUGCUCUGGCCUAUUUGUUUCUUCACGGAAAUAAACUCAACGGCUCCAUCCCUCUAGAAAUAGGGAACCUAAAGAAUUUGGUCAAGAUGGCUUUGAGUUUCAACGACCUUCGAGGUCCAAUCCCUUCAUCUAUUGGGCAUUUAUCUAAUCUGACCAAUUUGUAUCUCAGAGGAAAUCAACUCGGUGGCUCUAUCCCUUCAUCUAUUGGCCAUUUAUCUAAUCUGACCUAUUUGUAUCUCAAUUUAAAUCAACUCAACGGCUCUAUCCCCUCAUCUAUUGGCCAUUUAUCUAAUCUGAUCUAUUUGGUUCUCAGUUCAAAUCGACUCUACGGCUCAAUCCCUCCAGAAAUAGGGAACCUAAAGAAUUUAGAGCUUAUGGAUAUGGGUUUCAAUAUCCUUAAUGGUCCAAUCCCCUCAUCUAUUGGCCAUUUAUCCAAUCUGACCUAUUUGUAUCUCAGUUCAAAUCGACUCUGCGGCCCAAUCCCUCCAGAAAUAGGGAACCUAAAGAAUUUAGAGGAGAUGAAUAUGCGUUCCAACAUCCUUAAUGGUCCAAUCCCUUCAUCUAUUGGCCAUUUAUCUAAUCUGGCCCAUUUGGAUCUCCAUUCAAGUCAACUGGACGGUCCCAUCCCUUGUGAAAUAGGUAAGCUACAAAAUUUGGAUAAGGUGGAUAUGGGCCAUAACAACCUUCAUGGCCCAAUUCCUCGAGAAAUAGGGAAUUUGUCAGGUUUGACUUAUUUGAAGUUAGAUAGAAAUGACUUAGUUGGAACCAUUCCCAAUGAACUUGCAUAUUUGCCUCUAAAGUACUUAGAUCUCUCCCAUAAUAAUCUCUCUGGAAAAAUCCCGUAUAAGCUUAGGUUCUUACGAGCUCUCUACUUGUCAUACAAUCGUCUUGACUGUCAAAUCCCAAAUAGAUCUCCAAAUGGGUGUCCAAAUGAUGUUUGCCGUAAAGACUUUAAUUCCUCCCAUUGUUUUUCCUCCGUGGCCAAUAAAGGAACGAAACUUGGUCUUGUCAUUUCUCUCCCGAUCAUAGUAUCCCUUGCUUUACUUGUGUUUGUUGUGUACUUUCGUUACCGUAAAACCCAAAAAAAUGAAGGUCAAUCAAAAACAACGAAACAUGGGGAUAUUUUCUCCAUAUGGAAUUACGAUGGAAGUAUUGCAUAUGAAGACAUCAUCAAAGCAACAAAUGACUUUGACGUCAAAUAUUGCAUUGGAACUGGGGGAUAUGGCAGCGUCUACAGAGCUCAAUUACCAAGCGGCAAAGUAGUUGCCUUGAAGAAACUUCAUCGGCUGGAAGCAGAGCACCCUGUUUUUGACCAUUGCUUUAGGAAUGAGAUCCAAAUGUUGACUAAUGUACGACAUAGAAACAUUGUGAAGCUUUACGGAUUUUGUUUGCACAAUAGAUGCAUGUUCUUGGUGUACGAGUACAUGGAAAAAGGAAGCUUGUUUUGUGCUCUAAGAUUCGAUGUUGAAGCUUCUGAAAUUGGAUGGACCCAAAGGGUAAAUAUCAUUGAAGGAAUGGCACAUGCUUUAUCCUACUUGCAUCAUGAUUGCACCCCACCAAUUGUUCACCGAGACAUAUCUAGCAACAACAUUCUGUUGAACUCUCAACAGGAGGCUUUUCUCGCUGACUUCGGAACUGCGAGAUUGCUGAAUCCCGAUUCAUCCAACCGAACCAUAAUUGCUGGCACUUACGGAUAUAUUGCACCAGAACUUGCCUAUACCAUGGUUGUGACUGAAAAGAGCGAUGUUUAUAGCUUUGGAGUGGUGGCACUAGAAACGAUCAUGGGGAGGCAUCCGGGAGACCUCCUAUCGUCCUUGACAUCGCCUCCCAGCGGAAACAUGAUGAUAACUGAUGUCCUAGAUGCGCGCCUUCUGCCUCCAACUAAUCCAAUAGUUGCGGGGGACAUCGUUCUAGUUGUUACAAUGGCAUUUGCAUGUUUACAUCCUCAGCCCAAGUCCCGAGCAUCGAUGCUACGCCUGUCUCAAGAGUUUCUUUCUCAUCGGAAGGCUCUAGCUGCACCCCUUCAUACAGUAUCAUUGUGGAAUCUGUGGAAUCGGAAAAUGGACUUUGUCAACCAAUCAAAUGAGCAAGUGAUCAGUGCCCAAGUUUGAAAAUAGAUUUUUUCAUCCUUCUCAGGCGUUAGUUGUUAUGAUCAUUAUGAAUGUCGGUUUUAAGAAAAGGUGCAGUCUAUCCCAAAGGAGCAAUGUUGUACUGUUAGUUUUAAUAUUGAAGUGGCAAUACAUUUUUGUGUUC